AUGACGGCUCCAGUUCCGCCGUCUGAUGAGCAGCAGCGACUCCAGGGCGCGGCAGUGGACGUCCUAAUGCAGGACAGCGGGAUUCCUUCUAUCGGGGACAGCGAUCAGGGCAUGGGGGGAACGGAUGCGCCAGGCCGGAUCCGGGGGGAGGCGGAGGCGCGGGAGGCGGCGGACAUGGCGGAAGAGAUGGCGGAAGCGCAGAUUGGAAGCGGGGAGGCGGGGAAGACGGGGAACUGGCCUCCCGCGGAGGCGCGGACUCCAUGGAAGGUAGCCGAGUCCCCCACCGAUCCCCCUGCCACAGACGCCUCUCCGCCAGGCCUGGUGGCGCCUGCCCCCAUGGGGCCGGAACUCCCGCCAGCAGACGACCCACUGUCGCGCACGUUCCGGUGGCAGAUUGACAACUUCUCCAAGAUCACAGAGCGCAAGAUCUACUCCAAGCCCAACUUCGCCGUGGGGGGAUACAACUGGCGGCUCCUGAUCUUUCCACGUGGCAACACCCAAGCAGAACAGCUGUCAGUGUAUCUUGACGUGGCAGAUGCCCAAACUCUGCCGCCCGGCUGGACCAAGAGCGCGCACUUUGUGCUGUGCCUGAUCAACCAGUACGACCGCAAGAUGAACGUGCGCAGAGACACGAGUCACCAGUUCAGUGCGAGGGAGAGCGACUGGGGCUUCACCUCCUUCAUGUCUCUGCAGGACCUCUACGACCCCUCUAAAGGCUUCCUCGUUAACGACUCAGUGAUCCUCGAGGCUGAAGUGAACGUGCGCGUCGACUACUGGGCUUAUGAUUCAAAGAAAGAGACUGGAUACGUUGGCCUGAAGAACCAAGGAGCCACCUGCUACAUGAACUCUCUUCUCCAGACCUUAUACCACAUCCCGUUCUUCCGAAAAGCGGUUUACCAUAUGCCGACGUCCGAAAACGAGCUUCCAUCCAGCAGCAUCCCUCUCGCUCUCCAGAGCCUGUUUUAUAAGCUCCAGUACACAGACACCAGCGUGGCGACGAAAGACUUAACUAAAAGUUUCGGGUGGGAUACGUACGACUCGUUUAUGCAGCACGAUGUGCAGGAGUUGAACCGGGUGCUGUGUGAGAAGCUGGAGGAUAAGAUGAAGGGGACGGUGGUGGAGGGGACGAUUGAGAAGCUGUUUGAAGGGCACGUGAUGAACUAUAUCGAGUGUGACAAUGUGGAUUACAAGUCCACGCGCAAGGAGUCAUUUUACGACCUGCAGCUGGACGUGAAGGGGUGUCGGGACGUGUAUGCGAGUUUUGACAAGUAUGUGGAGGUGGAGAGGCUGGAUGGCGACAACAAGUACCACGCGGAACAGCACGGGCUGCAGGACGCUAAGAAGGGAGUGCUGUUCGUCGACUUCCCUCCAGUGCUGCAGCUGCAGCUGAAGCGGUUUGAGUACGACUUCAUGCGAGACACAAUGGUCAAGAUCAACGACCGCUACGAGUUCCCUCUGGAGCUGGAUUUGGACCGGGAGAAUCGCAAGUACCUCACACCCGACUGCGAUCGGAGCGUGCGCAACCGUUACCAGCUGCACAGUGUUCUUGUGCACAGCGGGGGAGUACAUGGGGGACACUACUAUGCCUACAUUCGGCCCAACCUCACAGAGCAGUGGUUCAAAUUUGAUGACGAGCGAGUGACAAAGGAGGAUGUGAAGCGAGCACUGGACGAGCAGUAUGGGGGAGAGGAGGAGCUGAGCCAAACCAACCCCGGGUUCAACCAUGCGCCCUUCAAGUUCACCAAGUUCAGCAACGCCUACAUGCUCGUGUACAUUCGGGAGAGCGACCGGGACAGCAUCCUGUGCAACGUGACUGAGAAUGACAUUGCACAGCACCUCGUGGCGCGGUUGAAGCGGGAGCAGGAGGAGAAGGAGCGGAAGCGCAAGGAGAAGGCGGAGGCUCAUCUCUUCACGAUCAUCAAAGUCUCUCGCGACCAGGACCUCUUCAACCAGAUUGGCCGCGACCUAUUCUUCGAUCUCGUGGACCACGAGCGAGUGAGGAGCUUUCGCGUGGCGAAGCAGACGCGGUUUUUGGAGUUCAAGGCGAUGGUGGAGAGGGAGUUGGGGAUUCCAGUGGCGGGGCAGCGGUUCUGGCUCUGGGCGAGAAGGCAAAACCACACGUACCGGCCCAACCGGCCCCUUAACGCCGAGGAGGAGAGCAUGACGGUGGGGCAGCUGAGGGACUCAGUCAGCAAGGCACACGCCAUGGACCUGCGCCUGUUCUUAGAAGGCACGCCGUCCUCCCCUGAUCGGCCGUUGGUUCCUCUGCACGAGAGGGCCAAGGAUGAUAUUUUGCUUUUCUUCAAGUUCUACGACCCAGUCACGGAGACGCUUAGGUACGUGGGUCAUCUGUUUGUGAAGCUAGGGCAGAAGCCGGGCGACGUGAGAGGGAGAAUCAACGAGAUGUGCGGUCUCCCUCCCACGGAGGACAUCCUGAUGUUCGAGGAGAUAAAGUUUGACCCGGCGGUGAUGUGCGAGGCAAUGGACCGCAAGGUGACGUUUAAGGGCGGGCAGCUGGAGGAUGGAGACAUCGUCUGCGUGCAGCGCGCUUCGUUGCCCCCGCCUGCUGCCGAUGGUGCUGCUGCUGGGGGUGCUGGGGGUGCGGGUGCGGUUGGAGGCAGUGCUGUGAGGUACCCGGACGUGCCAUCGUUCCUGGAGUAUGUGCGAAACCGGCAGGUGGUGCACUUCAGACGCCUGGAGAAGCCAAAAGAGGACGCCUUCUGCCUCGAGCUUUCCAAGCAGUACACGUACGAUGAUGUGGUGGCGAGGCUGGCAGAGGAGAUAGGCCUGGACGACCCCUCCAAGAUCCGACUCACCACACACAACUGCUACUCGCAGCAGCCCAAGCCGCCGCCCAUCAAGUACCGAGGGGUGGACAGCCUGACUGACAUGCUCGUUCAUUACAACCAGUCGUCAGACAUCCUCUAUUUUGAGACGCUUGACAUUCCUCUGCCUGAGCUGCAGCGACUCAAGACACUCAACAUCACGUUCCACAACAGCAAGGCGGAGGAGGUGUCAACGCACAACAUUCGCCUGCCCAAGCAAUCAACGGUGGCAGAUGUGCUUGCGGAUCUAAGGACCAAGGUGGAGCUGUCAAACCCCAAGGCUGAACUUCGAAUGCUGCAAGUCUUCUACAACAAGAUUUACAAGAUCUUCCCCCUCACAGAGCAGAUUGAGACCAUCAACGACCAGUACUGGAGCAUUCGCGCGGAGGAGAUUCCUGAAGAGGAGUUGAACAUGGGCCCUCAAGACCGGGUGAUUCACGUGUACCACUACACCCGGGAUGCCGGAGGGCAGAGCCAGAUGCUGCAGACGUUUGGGGACCCGUUCUUCCUGGUGGUGGGGGAGGCGGAGACCCUCGCGGAGGUGAAGCAGCGGAUCAAGGCGCGGCUGGGGACCCCUGAUGAGGAGUUUAGCAAGUGGAACUUUGCCUUUGUGGCCCUGGGCACACCCGAGUACCUUCAGGACUCAGAUGUCGUUGCUGCUCGAUUCCAGAAGCGCGACACAUGGGAGUAUUAUAUGGGCUUGGAACAUCCAGGCACCAACCCCCCCAAGAGGGUGCAGCACAACCAGAACCGGCACGCUUAUGAGAAGCCUGUGAAGAUUUACAACUGA